GGAGACUUCCCACAUCUUCUGAUCUAUGGACCUUCUGGAGCCGGCAAGAAGACAAGAAUCACAGCUACCCUCCGCGCACUCUACGGCCCUGGUGUGGAAAAGAUAAAAAUCGACAGUCGAGUCUUCCAGACAACAAGCAACCGCAAGCUCGAAUUCAACAUCGUCUCAUCCAACUACCAUCUCGAGAUAACACCUAGCGAUGUAGGCAACUAUGACCGUGUUGUCGUGCAAGACCUUCUCAAGGAGGUUGCUCAGACGCAGCAAGUCGAUGUCGCAGCCAAGCAACGCUUCAAGGUUGUCGUCAUCAACGAGGCCGACCACCUCACCAGAGACGCUCAGGCUGCUCUGAGAAGAACAAUGGAGAAAUACAGUCCCAACCUGCGCUUGAUUCUUCUGGCCAACAGUACGAGCAAUAUCAUUGCUCCUAUUCGAAGUCGUACCUUGCUCGUCAGAGUUGCUGCACCCACCGAAGACGAGAUCUGUGCCGUCCUAGCCCAGGUCGGAAAGAAGGAGGGUUACACACGUUGUGAGGGUCUCGAANAGAGAAUUGCCAAAGAGAGCUAUCGCAAUCUGCGUCGUGCUCUGCUCAUGUUUGAAGCGGUCCAUGCUCAAAAGUACCAAACGGUGAUUCCACCUCCGGAUUGGGAAGCCCUGAUCUCUCAAGUUGCAGACGAGAUCCUAGCCGAGCGCAGCCCUGCCCGCAUCCUGCAGGUCAGAGCUAAGCUCUACGAUCUCCUUACUCAUUGCAUACCAGCUAGUACCAUUCUGAAGGUAGCUCUUUGGACCACAUUUUCCGCACGUGCACAUGCUAAUCCCGACAGANCCCUGACAUUCAAGUUGAUACCAAAGAUUGACGACGCCCUCAAGACCGAAAUCAUCAAAUGGUCGGCUUUCUACGAGCAUCGCAUCCAGAUGGGCACAAAAGNNAAAUACAUCUUCCACCUGGAAGCCUUUGUUGCCAAGGUCAUGCGCAUCGUCGAAAGUCACCUCAUGGGCAUGGAUUUCGAUGAC